AUGGUUGUCAUGGAAGACGGGACCAAAUUCCGCUACAAUAACACAUUCGGCGGUUUCUGGGUUUACGAUCCCGAGGACCCUUUCAACGACAAUGCGCAGCCCAACUCCUACACCCCGCCCCUCAAUGAAACGUGGGACUUUGGCAAGGACAAGAUAUACGGCGUCAACCUGGGCGGCCUUUUCGUUAUCGAGCCAUUCAUUACACCGUCUUUCUUUCAGCAAUACCCCGACGCGAAAGAUGAGUGGGACUUGAGCCUGGCUAUGUCUAACGACACGGCCAACGGUGGGCUGGACCAGCUGGAGAAGCACUACGAUACGUUCAUUACAGAGCAGGAUAUUGCAGAGAUUGCGGGCGCCGGUCUGAACUGGCUUCGUAUCCCAAUCGCAUUCUGGGCAAUCGAGACCUGGGAGGGUGAGCCUUUCUUGGCGAAGACAUCUUGGACGUACCUCUUGCGCGUGCUCAAGUGGGCACGUAAGUACGGUCUUCGUGUCUGCUUGGACUUGCACGCCGUUCCAGGCUCUCAGAAUGGUUAUAACCACUCUGGAAGGCUUUCCCCUGUCAACCUUCUCAACGGCAAUAUGGGCCUCGCCAACGCACAGCGCACGCUCUACUACAUCCGCGUCCUCACCGAGUUCAUCUCUCAGCCUGAGUACCGUAAUCUCAUCCCCAUCUUUGGGAUCGUCAACGAAGCGCUCGUCGGCGAGAUAGGCAUGGACGCCAUCACGAGCUUCUACCUGGAGGCGCACAAUAUGAUCCGCGAGAUUACUGGCUAUGGCGAGGGGAAUGGACCUUACAUUGCCAUCCAUGACGGCUUCCAGCCGAUCACCGUAUGGGAGAACUUCCUGGCUGGGUCGGACCGUAUCAUCCUCGACCAGCAUCCCUACUUCUCCUUCGGUGCUGUCGACGAGAGCCCCAUCGACGUCAACGGCGAGGACGGUCUGCCUGGUGGAAAGUGGCCAAAGCAAGCUUGCGAUGCGUGGGCGGCUGGUACGGAUACGAGCCAGAGAAACUUCGGUGUCACCAUCUCCGGCGAAAUGGCCGCGUCGCCUAAUGACUGCGGCCUUUUCCUUCGUGGCGCCGGCUCGAAUUCGACGAAUUCGCAGUGCCCGUAUUAUGACGACUGGCAGAACUACAAUGACACGAUGAAGGAGGGUAUACAGAACUUUGCGCUCGCCAGCUUUGACGCGCUACAGAACUGGUUCUUCUGGACGUGGAAGAUCGGCCCUUCCGCCGAGUCCGGUGAGGUAGAGACUCCUCUGUGGUCCUACCAGCUCGGGUAUCGCAACGGUUGGCUCCCCUCCGACCCGCGUUCCUACGUAGGAAAGUGCGCCGCGCUCGGGAGCGCCCAACAACCAUUCGACGGCACCUACUCCGCGUGGCAAACCGGCGGCGAGACAUCCACCAUCGUCGCGUCCUCCACAUCGCGAUACACGUGGCCACCAGCGAGCAUCUCGGGCGCGGACGUCGAUGUCAGCCUGCUGCCUACAUACACCGCGACCGGGAGCGUAGUCACCUUGCCGCCUGCUACGUUCACGGAUGCGCCGAGCUCGGUGACGUCGUCGGUCGAUGGGUGGUAUGAUGACCAGGACACGGCUGCCGGCAUUACCACUGUGUCUGGCUGCCCGUACCCGGACGAGUAUAAUGGGAUUUUCUCCACCACACCUACGGCGCCUUGCACGGGGCCGACUGCCGGAAGACUAUAA